UGUGGCAUGAGCCAUCCGUUUAAACUUUUGUUGAAUAGUGUAGUACAGGAAGUUAAAUUUGUUUAUAUAAAAUAGAUAAAGGUGAAAAAUGGCCGCAGAAACGCUGGACUGCUUUCCAAAAUUGUUGCACGAAAACACAAACUCCAGAAUCGACGGUGGAGUCAAGUUGAUAGAGCAGCUGUCAAGGGUAAUACAGGAAAACAAUGAAGAAAGCAAGGAGUUCUAUUAUGCCCUCAAUAGGCUGGUUCGAGGCUUGGGAUCAUCAAAGGUUAAUGCAAGGAAAGGUUUCUAUGCCACCUUGACUGUUCUCUUAAAAAUGAAUCCCACUAUCACAGUUGACCAAAUUUUUAGUGCCAUGGACAAAGAAUUAGUAGCAACUGGCAGUAGUAGCAAAGGAGAACAUUCUGACGUGUGCCACGGUCGUGUUUUGGCUUGUGGUGCUUUGAUUCGUUCCAAGGUUCUGAAAUCUUGUCCAAUUGAGGAACAGAAAAAAGUUCUCGAGUGUUUGAUACAAAAUGGAAAACAGAAGGAUUACUUAUAUUUUGAAUGUAUAUUAUUCAUUGGAGAUUUUUUGAAACAGAUCGACGACAAUGGUGCAAUGGCUGCUUUGUGGCCUGUUAUGGAGCAAGAAACUUGCAAACCGUUAUCAGAGCAAAAUUUGGACUCUCUUCAUUUAUUACUUAUAGUUUUCAAUACUUUUCCCGACGUUAUUAACAAGGAAACAUUGAAAAACUCUUUUGGCUCAGAUAAAGUCAUCUGUAAAGAUACUGUAAAAGAGAUCGCUAAAAUAUUAAUGAAAACUCCCAGAACUGUGUACAAAAAACAUCCAGUUCAUCAGUUGUUUUGUGAAAUUUUAACAUCCAAAGGUAAACCAGAAUUAGUCAUAAAAUUUUGGGAAGCCAUAGAUGAGUGUUUCGAUUCUCAGACUCAUAAACUCAUUAAAACUGAAAAAUACAUGGCUGUGGAACUGUUUCACUUACUGAUUGAAAAUCACGGGAAAUAUGUAGCAAGUAUGAAAGACAAAGAUCCCGCAGAUAAAAAAAAACAUCCCAAAAAUGAAGCUAAAUCCUUUUUUCCAUCUCUACUUUCGACAAACUUUUUAAAGUACUUUUUAAAAAGAUUUAAAACCAAUCCCAUAAAAAAUGACGAAAUAGCAAUGGACUUUCAAAAAGCUUUGACGCUUUUUGUCAAGGUACUCGAUCAGGACUUGGAAUUUCAAGUACAGAAUUCACUUAUCAAUAAAGAUGAGGAAUCCAAGUUGCGUAUCUCCAUUAUAAAGAAAUUGAUUAUGUUUCCCGGGGACCUCAUGAUUGAAAAAUUGACUGGCACAAAAGUUUUCCAAAUACUGUUUCAAAAGCUAAAUGCAAAUGGUAUUGAAGAACUUUCGGACUUGUUCAGAGAAAUAGCGGCAAACACUAAAUUCAAGGAAAAACCAGAUUGCGAGCCAGAGCCCUGGAGAUUUGAGGAAAGAAUUUAUGCCAUGCAAAUUUUUAGUGUCAAAUUAAUGAACCACUCAGAAAUGAUGAACAAUCAUGAUUGGAGAUUAGAGCAGUUGAAAUUCUUAUUUAAUCUUGGCCUGUGUGAAACGAAUGUCGAGCAAGAAUUACUUUCCCCGUUCAAGGAAUGUUUUUACCGCGCGUUAGAUCACAAAUUCCCGAAACUCGACGAUUUGAGAAAUAUUCUCAAAUCUUUAAUAGCUUACAUCGAUAAAGCUGUUUUUAAAGAAGGAGAAAUAAAACUGAAAAAGCCACUGAAGGAAAAAGCGGAAGAAGCUUGGGAGAAAAUGCUUAAGCUCAAUAAAAAAUUAGAAAAAGAUGUAAAGAGCACAGAAAAAAUCAGUGCCGUCUUCCAUACAAUAAACCUUCAAAUGGGAUUGCAGCUGUUCUUCGAGCCUAGAAUGGCAAAGGAAGCCAUUGACGAUAUCUGCAGCAGUUUUGAACAUUUAAAAGCUACAGACAAGAUAAAUAACAAGAUUGAUAAUGAAAAGAACGAUGAACCCCUGUGGGUCGAGGUUGUUGUUGACUUAUUGCUGUUAUUGCUUUCGAGAAAGAGUCAUUUGUUGCGUUCGCUUGUAGGAUGCGUCUUCCCACACAUCUGUCCUCAUCUGACGUCUGUUGCUGUGCACAGUAUCUUGGAAACAUUAGACCCUAAUAAAAAUCCUUUGGUCUCGAAAGAUGACGAAUAUUCCAAAAGUGACUCGAGCGAUGACGAAGACAAGAGUGACAAUGAGAAUGAAAAUAACGAAGACGAAGAAGAGGACGAGGAGAAUGAGGAUGAAAAGGAUGACGAGACCACAGAAGCGGAAAGUGACUCUGAUCUCGAAGAAUCAGGCUCAGAGGAUGAGACAACAACGGACUUGUUGCGCAUGUCAAUCCAGAAGAUUUUGUACAACGACGCAUCUCAAAGUGAAGAAAACGAUAUCGACGUCGACAACAUAGACGAAGACGAGGGCAAACGCCUUGAUGCACAAUUAGCCGCAGCUUUCAAGAUGGUAAAACAAACCCGAAAAUCUAGUUCAAAGAAACAAAAGGAAGGCGAUCAGGUGCUCAUGCACUACAGAAUCAGAGUGAUGGAUCUGCUGGAAAUGUACAUGGAGUCCGGUCCUUCGAUGUCCCUCGCGUUGGAUAUGCUAGUGCCAGUUUUUCAACUACUGGAGUUCUGUAUCAAAGAUCCUCAUCAGAAACCUUUGGAGAACAGAGUUAGAGCUUGCAUGAAGAAAUUGGCAGCAACAAAAAAGUUUGAAAGUGUCGAGGACGUCGACGAGAAUGUCCUAAUCACAACUUUGCAAGUAAUGAUACAAGAAAGUAAAUUAACGGCAAGCGUUAGUAAAGAGAUGGGCGACAAGUUGGCGGAUUGCUGUGUAUUUUUGAUUAGGUGCUCGCAGCUAGCCAACUGUUCUACCGGAGAAUUCAUCAAAAUAUUCGUGCAAUAUUUGACGUCGUUCUUUGAGAAGAGAAGUUGCAUCAUUCAGCCAAUUUUAUUCAAAAGACUGCUACAGCUUAACUGGGUUGGGACUUGGAAACUUGCACCAGUUCUGGUAAAAUUUUCCUUUGACCAGAAUAUACGGUCGUACAGAAGAGGCCAGGCUCUUGAAUUUCUCAGGACAUUUUACAGUAAUAAAAUGAUCAAUUUGGAGGACUCUAAAGAUAAAAAGCUUAAGUUGGAGAAAAAUUUAUGCCAGAAAAGCAUAGAACUUUUCAAAUCAAAUGAGCCUUUAAAAGAAGAAGACGAAAAAAAUGAAGAGGCAGCUUCUGAUGUAGGCAAAGAAAUCAAACAAAAAUAUGUUAGUCAUCUUUUGACACUGCUAUUUGCGGUUCAUACUCAUCAUGUGCCAGAAGCUUGGGACUGGACAGAAGUCGGAAAGGCAAUGGCAAGCUACAGAGCGAAAGUUUCGUUGGGCAAAGAUGCCAAAAGUGCUUAUAACAAACUUGCUCAGCGUAUUGGUGCUCCUGUUGUUUGUAAAAGUGAGCCCAAAUCAUCCAAAAAACCAAAACAUCAAAAUGGAGUAAAAAAGCUGGGAUGUGAAAAUUCAAUAGGUGAAGUCCACACGAAUGGCCAAUCACAGGAUCACAAUAACAGCCUCUCGGAAGAAAUGAAUAGUUCUAGCAAAAAAGACAAAAAGAGGAAAAAGAAAAUGGUGAAACAAAACGCAAAUCACAGUAACGAUGAUGGCAUUGUACAAAAUGGAACGAAUCAGCCAAUGGACAGUGAAGACACGCUGGAAAAGGAAAAACUAGAAAAAGCGAAGAACAAGAGGUCAAAUUUGAACACAUCCGAUGUUCCUAGUAAGAAGAAAAGAAAAUCGGUGCAAAGCGGGGACUGAAAGUUCUUUGAUAGAUAGAAGAUAAUUUUCAAGCGCGUUUACCUACGUCGUUACAAGCGAAUAAAAGACAUUGUUAUUUUUUUAUAUGCGUUUACACGUGAAUUGUAAUAAAUGACAAUAUAUUAUAUUUAACAAGUUUAAAUUGAUUGUUUUAAAAAGCAUGCUACCUUUCAUAAA